AUUAUCAAACUCCCAACUUCACGUGCUUAUGGGUAUUAUGUGUAUAUACACGUGUUUUUGUUGGUUAUCGUUGAUAUCUAGAAAUAUAAAUUGCAAAUAAAAAUGGGUAAAGCGAAAAAAGUCAAGGUAUCUAAAGGCGAAACCAAAGAGUCAAAAAUAGCUUUAGCGGAUCAAAUAGAACAGGAGAAAUCGGUGAAACUCAAAAACAGGCAGAAAGUCAGAUGUCGGGCCGACGAAGAAGAGUUCGUAGCGCCGGCUCUGACGAGGAAGAUCUUGUCGCAAGCCAGGCAGCAACAGCUGGAGAUCGAGAACGAGGUUGGCCCUAGCGACGGCAAGCGCGCGAAGAAACCGGUGAAGCUUGGCUCUGGUUUUAGCGACGACGAGGAUCAUUCCAGUGACGACGAGGAACCAGUGGAGGAUGUAUACUAUUAUGACAACAUCGACAUCAAUGAGGACGAUGAGCGGGCAUUGCAAAUGUUCAUGUCGAAGGAUCCAGCGCCCACGAGGACGCUGGCCGACAUAAUAAUGGAGAAACUGACGGAGAAGAAAACAGAGAUUGACACGCAGUUCUCUGACGCUGGGGCCAUUCAGUUGCAGGAUCUAGAUCCGCGGGUGAAGGCGAUGUACGAGGGCGUCAGGGAUGUCCUGGCAAAGUAUCGCAGUGGCAAAUUGCCGAAGGCCUUCAAGAUCGUACCCUCUUUGAAGAACUGGGAGCAAAUACUUUACAUCACAGAUCCACCGAAAUGGUCUGCCGCUGCUAUGUAUCAAGCAACCAGGAUAUUUGCAGCAAACUUGAAGGAAAAGAUGGCUCAGAGAUUCUAUAAUCUGGUCCUGUUGCCACGUAUCAGGGAUGACUUGACAGAAUACAAAAGACUUAACUUCCAUUUGUACCAGGCACUGAGGAAGGCGCUGUACAAGCCAGGUGCAUUCAUGAAGGGGAUGCUCUUGCCGCUUUUGGAAUCAGGAACGUGCACAUUAAGAGAGGCGGUUAUCAUUGGAUCUGUAAUCGCAAAAAAUUCUAUACCGAUUUUGCACUCCUCAGCGGCGAUGUUAAAGAUCGCCGAGAUGGAUUAUACAGGUGCUAAUAGCAUCUUUCUCAGGAUAUUUUUAGACAAAAAAUAUGCGCUUCCAUAUAGAGUAGUGGACGGAAUAGUGUUCCACUUUCUUAGGUUCGAAAGAGAUACAAGAGAAUUGCCAGUGCUAUGGCAUCAAGCACUUUUAACAUUUGUGCAACGAUACAAGAGUGAUAUCAGUUCCGAACAGAAGGAGGCCUUAUUGGGAUUGUUGAGGAAACAGUCGCAUCAUUCGAUUACUCCCGAAGUUAGAAGAGAAUUGCAACAGGCAAAAUGUAGGGAUGUAGAAAUUACCGAACCUAAACCAGAACCAAUGAGUAUUGAUAAAACGUAAUGUCCGAAAUAUUAAAACUAGUAAUAUCUGUAAUUAUAAUUCUAUAUAUAGUAUAUAUAUUUAAAAUUAAAAUUAUUUGAUCGAUCGGACUCUUAUUUUCACUUCGUAAUCUUUAAUCUCUAAUACAUAGUUUGAUAUGAGUUUAGGGGAUAUUAGAAAAGAUCAAGAUUAAAUUGAAAUAUCUUUAUUUAAAGUCUAAAUUAAACGAUUUGUAGCGAGACUCGAAUUACUGUGUAAAAAUACAUUUGCAUUUUUGGUCCUAUACUUAAUUAAAUAUUGUAGACUAUUUGCAUUAUUUUUACAAUUGUUACACCAUAAAAAAUAAAAUGUAAUGUGAGGUAAUAUAUACAGCAGUCAUUAAUAAUUGCAUUUAUACAAAUUAUAAAUAUCAAAUCAUCACGAUACCCUAGUAUACUUAUCUGAGAGUAGAAAUUCUUCCAAAUUGCAAAACUUUAAAUUUAUAAGGGAACACUACAAUAUGGUCCCCAUAGAUUUUAAUAUUAUUUGUAUGAAUAAUUCUUAAUAUAAAUUUUUAUUAAGCAAAAGGAAAAAGCGCGCAUCUCAAGUGUUUUUGAAAAAAUCGGAGUUAAAAAAAAUAUAAAUAAUAAAUUAUUAAAUUAUAUUUUAAUAGAGAACCGAUUUCGACCGAUGUAUGAAGACACAAAAUAAACAAUUGAAAUGCUUUA